UUUACCACAGAGUAAUAAACAAUUUUCCAGAAAAGUACCGAAAGCUGAGAAUUUUCAUCAUCGUGUUGAUUGGUAACCGGCUGAUAUUUGGAAUCAAACGCACUUUUGCUGUCCCAUAUUUUCGUACAUAAACCAUAAAAAAAAUCGCAAACAGUGAUCAGUCCUUGCUAAAAGAAAAUAUUGCAUCAUGUUGUCUCGUAUGUGCGUCGGUCGUUCUGUGCUCAAUGUGAGACAGACUCUCAGAUCGCCAGUGCCACAGAAUUAUGUUCCCAAAAACUAUGUGAUCAGAAACUACGCCCGUGAACCGCGUUCUCGAGUUGCUUCUCCAACACAUGCACAACCCUCAGUAUGGGCUAGACUUAUGGCCCCAGCCGGACCUAAUGCAUUUAGCUUAGGGAAAGGCGCACUGGCCGGAGCCUCUGCUGUGGGCUUAGCGGCACUCUGCUUUUAUGGUUCAGGGGUGAAGCCUGGUAUCUGUCAGGAAGCACAUCUGUGGCCAAAGUAUGUGAAAGAUCGCAUUCAGGCAACAUAUGGAUAUAUUGGGGCAUCUCUUGCUUUGACAGCGGGGAGUGCAUACACAGUGUUCAGAACACCUGUAUUGUUUAACUUAGUCGCAAGAAAUGGAUGGAUGUCCAUCAUUAUGACAUUGGGCCUAAUGAUUGGCUCCGGUAUGGUUGUGCGAGGCAUGGACUACACGCCUGGUUUUGGAGCUAAGCAGUUGGCGUGGAUUGUGCACACAGGUAUCAUGGGAGCCGUCAUUGCUCCCAUGUGCUUCCUCGGCGGCGCCGCUUUGACUAGAGCAGCAUGGUACACAGCUGGCGUUGUCGGCGGGCUCAGCACGAUAGCUAUCUGCGCUCCGUCGGGCGAGUUCCUGAACAUGCGCGCGCCGCUGGCGAUGGGUCUGGGCGCAGUGUUCGCCGCCUCCCUCGCCAGCAUGUUCCUGCCGCCCACCACUGCGCUCGGAGCAGGCUUAUACUCCCUUAGUUUGUACGGUGGCCUGAUAGUAUUCGGUGGAUUCCUUUUGUAUGAUACGCAAGCUAUCGUCAAACGUGCCGAGGUUCACCCAGUGCACUCAUACCAGCCCUACGAUCCGAUUAACUCUGCUAUUUCGGUAUAUUUGGACAUCUUGAACAUCUUCAUGCGUAUCGCCAUGAUUGUUUCGGGGGGCGGCGGCAACAAAAGGAAGUAAACAAACAGACACGGUUUAUUGCUUCAAGUUAUUAUUUGCUGUAUAAAUAAAUAAUCGAAUGAAUCUAAAUUAAUUGUAGACAGCAGACAAUUUCUUAUUAAGUUUUCGACUGGGAGGAAUGAAAUGUGAUAUUGUUGUGUAGUCAGUAAGUUAGUGAGAUUCGUGUUACGAUUUGGCGUUAAAUAAAAUUAGAGGUAUAGUAUAUUAAUUUAUACAUA